ACUGCCUACUUCCCUAUGAAGAAUGAGCUGCAGCAACCUGCAGCCAGCAGCAGGUUGCUGUCACACUCAGCAUCACCAGCAGCAGCAGCAGCAGCAGCAGCAGCAGCAGCCAGAGUGUGGUUGCGUCAGCGGCGAGCACCAGUGGUCAGAGUGGAACAGCCUGUUGAACACAGGAGUGCUGCACUCGUCUCUGUGCGGCUCGGUUCACCAGCAACCUCCAUCCGGACCCGCUCACUUCUUGCCAUGAAUUCCCUCUCCUUCCUCACCUCGCCGUCUUCUUGUCCCCAUCUGUACAACUACCCCAACACCACUUCCCCGAACGCCUCCGCGGGCAUCAGCUACGUGAUUCUGCUGCAUUACAACCACACGGGUCGCCUGCAGAACAGGACCUUCUCCAGCGCCCAGAGUCACAUCAGCGUCUCCAUGGCGGUCUUCCUCUCCUUCAGCUUCUUCAUCGUCUUGGAGAACUUCCUGGUGCUGCUGGCUGUCAUCUCUCGGAUCCGCCACAGUCGCCGCUGGGUCUACGUGUGCAUCGCCAACAUCACGCUCAGCGACCUCCUGACAGGAACGGCCUACCUGGUCAACAUCUGCAUGUCUGGCAGGCAGACGUUCCGACUCACGCCGGCGCUCUGGCUCUUCCGGGAGGGCAUGCUGUUCGUGGCCCUGGCGGCCUCCAUUUUCAGCUUGCUGCUGAUUGCUGUGGAGCGUUACACCACCAUGAUGACACCCCUGCCACAGAAGUCAACCAGGAACACCUACUAUCGGAUCUAUGGCCUGGUGGCGCUGUGCUGGGCGCUGGCGUUGGCGAUUGGCUUCCUGCCUCUGCUGGGCUGGAACUGUGUGUGUAACCUGGACGAAUGCUCCACACUCCUCCCUCUCUACUCCAAGACCUACGUUCUCUUCUCGCUUGUCAUUUUCUUCCUCAUCCUCCUAGCUAUCGGCGUGCUUUAUGGUGCCAUCUAUUGCCACGUGCACAAGAGUGCCCAGCUGGGUCCUCAGCGCAGUCGCAAACGCUCCCUAGCGUUGCUCAAAACUGUCAUCACCAUUGUGGGAGUCUUCAUGCUCUGCUGGGGGCCGCUGUUCCUCUUGUUAAUCGUGGACUUUUUCUGCGUGUCCCGCCAGUGUGCCCUCCUUUUCAGUGCAGAUUUUUGCAUCUCUUUGGCUGUUCUGAACUCCGGCCUGAACCCCAUCAUCUACGCCUUGGGCAGCAGUGACAUGAGAAAGGCCAUAGCGGAGCUGCUGUGCUGCUGCUGCCUGAGGGCCGGCCUCUGUCGCCCCGACACCUUCACAUCCAAGGAGACCAGCAGCACCUCGGAGAGCAGGAGGGACAGUCUGAGGAACAGCUUUAGCAAGGUCAGGAAUCUGAGUGUGGCCUCCCCGCCUUCCACCCCCAGCAAGCCCCGGAAGACACCAAGAAAAUGCCGACUGAGCACCACAACCAGCUGCUUGUCAGUUUCAAGUGGUUAAACCACAAGUUGUUUCCCCUCCCAAGAAAGACCUGAAACGUGUGAACCCACUUCCUCUGAUUUUAAAUGUAAAAGCUGAAUGAAAGAUGACUUUAUCAGUUAAAAGAUGUGACAAUUAUCAGUCAUUAGGUAUUAAAAAGUACAAAAUAUUUCUCAAACAUUGAAAAUCUGUUUCCUUUUGCCAUGUCAGCCUGUAUUUUUAUGAACUUUAGUUGAGUAUGUACAUAAAACCAUGUGUUGUAAGAUGUUGAAAGAUUGUAUUAAACCAGCAGAUGUACAAAUAAAGUUUAUUUUCAUUAAA